AGGUGGGAUUGAGCCUGAGAUGAGUCCCUGAGACGAGAAGUGAUCUAUAAACUGUGAAAAAGUGAAUUAAGUGAAUAUGGCUGGUCUAAAUUUAUUAACAAACUCUAAUACCCUGAGUAUAGAUUUAACUCCUCAGAAAAUAGGUUCUACAAAUGGAGAAACAGCACACCAAACCUUGAACAGACAUGAGCGAGAGAAACGUGACCUGGGACAACUCGGCCAUAUUGUCGAAAAUAUUGACAAUAUGGCGUCCAAAAUAGAAGACAUGUCGUCUUCAUUAUCAAAAUAUGAAAUCAAACUGAGAAAGAAAAAAUGGCGGAAAGGAAAGGUCCCAGGAAACAGAGAAGAGGGCAGAUCGAUGAAAGAAGACGAAGAUAAUGAGACAAAAUUUAGACAACAAGGACUUGAGGAUAUAAACUGGGGAAUGACAAUAUUUGCAAACGGACUCAAAUUUGUUUCAGCGCUGCUUACUGUCUUAGGAGGAGAUAGUACGAUAGACAGGAAUGAUGGUUAUGAUGAGGCUGUUAGUUCCUUGUUCACAUUUUCUGGAAGCAUUCUUAGAUUUGUUUCUAACUAUCUUCUAACAUCAUCUAACCAACCUGCAGCAGUGGAAAAGCUUGGAAUAGCGGCAGAUACCCAACUUGAAACAAAUCUUACUCCAGCAGAAAUUCUACAAAAGAAAAAGGUAAAAAUCCCAGAUUUAAACAAAAGAACAUUCAACUGGAAACAUUAUUGUGUUCAGGCUCAGUUACUCCUAGCUCAGACAUUAGCUCAUAACAGCCUUCCUCAGCUCGUAGUUCCUGGUUCACAGGAUAGUCCAGCUGCCGCAGCAGCAGCUGUUGCCGCUGCUCCGGUCAGAGCAGUGCAAGGAAUAUUUUCAGGAGCUGGUGAUCUCUUGAACUCUGUGUUGGGUUCAUCUGCAAGCUCAAGCUCAAGCUCAGGUUCAACUCAAGGAUCUUUUUCAACCAACUCAGAGACGGAGCAGGCUAUUCCAGGAUUACCAACACCUGGGACUCUAGAGCAUACGAUUACCCUGGCACUUUACAACGCAAACCAGAACUUUAAUCAGUUCAUCAACUCAUUAUCAGGAAACGGAAUCAACGGCCAGCCGGCCGCCGACAACAAAAUCGGCCAGGCGGCAGUGGACACCGCAGUCGCUGAAGGUCCGGGUAUUCUUGGCGCCGUGUCGGUUUUACCACAGACGAUCACAGCCGCGGCUAACCAGGUUGCUCAGUUCUUUGUUUCGCCCCCUGCGGACUUAUCAUCAGGGUCACCAGGUGGUUCAACAGCAACCACAUAUUCACAGGUUAAGUCUGGAAUAAAUCCUACCUACGCAGCCCUGGGUCUACUAACUACAGGAGCUCUUGGAACUGUAGCAUAUAGCCUGGCCACCAAUAUGGACUCCGACCUCGCAACCUCAGCGACCUCACUAGCACAAGGAGCUUUGUCUGCAAUGAAGAGAAAUGAUAUUGUUGAGACUGCGAGCAAAGUAAUUGGAUCAAUAACAGGGAACACAAUGAAGUUUGAAGAUGCAGAUGAUGAUACAAAUAAACUGAAUUACAAUUACUAUGAUACAGAUUAUGGACAUGGACAAGAAUACAUGGAUUAUGGAUAUCCCCAGGGAUACGGAGGGUCUGGGAAUAGAUACAAGGAUCCAAGGAUAGAAGAUUAUGUAAAGGAGUAUCCUGAUUAUGAAUAUGAGGAUCCCAGAGAGAGAUUGAUUUCUAACGUUGAUCCCUACCAGACAAUAUUCGGCACUGCGGCUAGAGAUACAGAGGACGCUGCGGAUAGAACCCCAGAAGAAACUGGAUCAUCAGCAGCAGCAUAUAAAGAGCUGGAGGAGGAAGAGAACUUUGUGAAACUCCCAAAUGGAAUACCGAAAAAUAUUGAAUUUUAUGAGCCGGAGAAAAAAGAUCCUGAGGUUCCGUUUGUGACCUACUCUGAGGAGUACAACCCUUGGCUACUUCUCAAUUCCGGUCAAUCUACUGAACAUCUCUACAGACAGUUUUACUAAUACCUAAGGUUUCAGAAGUUGAAAUUGACCAUGGUAGUUAACCAGUAAUAUUAAUUAUAUACCGAUUACAUUUUAUUUGUUAAUAUAAUUAAAGUUUUUUUUUUAACUGUGUACAUUAAAUCUUAUGUUUGUCAAUUUACAGACAAUUUGUUAACUAACUAAAGCUCAAAGUAAAGUAAAUUUAAUAAGUUAUUCUGAAUCACCACCCUGUAUUUAGAUUUACAUGUAUUGAUGUAGUUCCGCCCCACCCUGUAUUGUCCUGUAUUGUUAAAUAAUAUUUAUUUUGUUAAUAAUCAUAUAACUAGAGACUUUAAAACAAGAUUUUUUAAGUUCUUUUGUACGAAAAGUUUUUAUCCGCACAAUGGGCUGGAUUUGUAAAAAUCCAUUCACUUAAUAAAUAUACAUUAAUCCAUUCUAGUUGCGAAGAUUUUUUGAUCAGAGUUUUUAUCUAUGAGUUUAAAGUUUGGGACAAGA